AUGCGCGUAUCAACACUCCUCUCCCUUGCGGCGCUUCCCACCGGCAUAAUUGCCAUCACCAGCACAACCGUCCUCACGCCAGUGGAACAAUCACCAUACUACUAUCUGGGAUGCUAUCCUUACACUGCCGAAACCGCCAUCGGGGCAUACGACAUACCGAACAUCGCCACGGGCUACAAUAAUGGCAACCCAGUCGACUGCCAAAUCGGCUGUGAUCAGCAAUUUCAUGCGCCUUACGUCUUCAUGUAUGGCACAUACUGCUACUGCCAGGUCCGCGAGUUCGAGUUCGACAUCCACCAGCCGGGUGGCGCUCCGGUCGACAAUUCCUUCUGCACCACGCCGUGCUUCGUGGACCCCAACGCCCCGUGUGGCACAUUGUCCAAUACGGAUGCUGGGAGGUAUGUCACGGUGUACGGGAAGUACGGUCCCAGAGCAUCCUUCAGCCCGCGCGUGUCGUCGACUAGCAGCACACGACCCUCGGUGACCACGUUGUCGAGCAUCAGCACGUUGGCCUCAUCGUCAACAUCACCGAUACCUCAAAGCAGGUCUCUGGUCCCGGUACCUCGGCCUCCAUACUCAUACCUCGGGUGCUACUCCUUUGUGAGCGUCCAGUCGGGUGCAAUUUGGCAGUUUCAAAGCACUGCAGUCGGUGAUCCGGUAGCGUGCCAGGCUGCGUGCGAUGCUGCCGGGUCGCCGUUCCUGAUGAUGCUAUUUGACUCGUGUUAUUGCCAGCCUGCGAGUGCUGGCAUCAACGCACCACCAGGUCUUCCUGCAGCUGAUUCAGAGUGCAGCAUUGCCUGCCGCAAUAGCCCUGGCUCUCCCUGCGGUGGCUCAGCCUCGGGGCUGUUCUACACCGUAUUAUCUUCCGGAAGGGUCUUUGGCAAGUACAUCAGCAUCGGCGCUAUCCUCGGCUGGGGCCUCUACGCGAGGACCUAUCAUGUUCACCCCAGGCCCAGUCCCGACAUCAUUGAUAGCACCUGGGAGCUUGAGCAUCUCUACAAUAUCGAGGUCUUCGGCAGCCUCUUCAUCU